UUUUCCUUGGAGCUGACCUUUGCCCCGCACGAACGUCGUCAACAGAGAUCAUGGCGGAUUUUCUUCUGUUGUAGAGACAGUUCACCCGAAUUACGGAUCAAUAUGUGGCCAACAUGAAGGGCAAGGCUGGGGAAAACAGGCCUCCAGGUCCGACCAAGAAGUUCCUGUACCGAGGUCCCAACAGACAAGCGGAGGAGGACGAGGACUCACAUCCUGACUUCCCUCCCAGGAAACGAUCCAUUCCUACAGGUUUUGACUUUGACCUUGAUGAAGUAUGGAGCAUAAAAAAGAACAUCCCCAUCCCCCCUCGCACCCCCCGCGGACUGACUGGGCAGGUCGGCACCAAGAUCACCACAACUGGCUUCUACUCAAGACAUACUAAUGUCAAGAAAGAUGCCAAGCCAGACCCACUAUCGAUGGGAAACUCUGACAGAACAAGCUUACUGAAGGCUCAAGAUGCAACUCCUACGUGGAAAUCUCGAUCCCCAGGGUUCGGGGGACAGCCGUCGCCAAGAGCAAGUGCUGACGACGAUUUUGAUUUUGAGGAUGACAUCUUCGGUCCCCCAAAAGCGAACAAUCGCAUGGAUAGAAAAAAUGCAGGAUAUAGAGGGACAUAUGGGCUAUAGAACAGAAAAAGUUUAAAAAAAAGAAAGUUUUUGAAAUCAUAAUGUUUUCAGCAACCUAUCCAUGACAUUGAUGAUUCUGGUAUUGUUCCAGAUUUCAUCAUAGUAGGUUUGUCACAAGUUUCUUUAUAAUUAUUGUGUGGUAUCUUACUUUACUUGGAACUAAAUCCAGUCAGUAUUUUUUUAGAAACAUUAUCUACAAUUUUAUGAUGAAGAGGUCUUCAUUUGUACCAGUUGAGAAUAUGGGCUGAUGAGUUAUGUUAGAGGCUACAUGAAGAAAUUGCAAUAAAAGGUCCAUUGGAUCAUUAUUUGGAAUUGGAUAUCCAUUCUACUGCGUGAAGGGUGAUGUCACCUUGGUAACAGGUAUCUGACCAAUCACACUGUCCCCCUUUGGAAAUGAGAAGUCUGAUUGGUUAUGGUGCGAAAUUCAAAGUCUUAUCACAGCCUUGUCCUUGAGGGCACUUAUGUUGGUGGAUGUACAUUUAAGUUAAGACCUUUUUUCACUAACUGACCAUUGGACCAUGGAAGAAAUGAUAAAAAUUUCUUCUAUAAUAUUGUUUUCUCAAUCCGUGCACACUAUUUCAGUCAAAAACGAACAAAACUGUUUGUAAAAUGCAUUUUCUUACUGUUGUGUCUACCCAAGUGCAGUUAUGUACAUAUGUAUUAGUAGAGAAUGUAGCUUAUAUUUUACUUCUCUAUGGAUGUUAUUUCUAGUAAUGAGAGUGUUGAAGAUCGUUUGUAAAUUAUUAUUCAGCUGUUGUAUAUAUAGAGGUGGAUGUAUAAUUAUGUAAUUUGCAGGCUUCUGUAUGUACAGUUUUGCUCUGUAUUGUAAUCAACACCAGAUAUUCACUUAAAUGUUUGAAAGAGAGAAACAUAAAAGGAUUCCGUCCACGAGGUGGUCCUAAGGUUUAAAAAAGCCAAGUUCUUGAGAAAUGGCUUUAUUCUUCUCAGCUUUGAGCUGUGUUUUUUUGAGCAGUUGAAAUACAAUAGUAGUGGAUUCAAACUAGUGGUUAAAUUGUAGACCUUGUUGAUACAAGAAGGUUAAAAAAAGGAUUUUUUUGCCUCAUUGGUUGAUACAAUGUACUGUGUUAAAAACAUUCGUAAUAUACAUGUAUAUUAGGUACUGUUACUAAUCUCCAAGCAGAUCAUACGGAGG